AUGGAGGUUGUGACGGAACUGGCCGCUGUGGAGGUUCCGGUCGACGCCGAGACUCAGGCUAUGUCGGCGGAUGGCUCUGACAGAUCCGAGGUUGACAGGGCUGCUAAGUUUUCUAAGAAAAAAGAGAGAAUGCUCUGUUAUAGAUGUGGCGAUAAGGGACAUUUCAUUGCUGAGUGUGUGGCGACUCUUUGUGAUUCUUGUGGUAAGCCUGCACAUGAAUCUGGAGUGUGUCCGCUGGUGCGGGAGCAGAGACCGAGCCUCAUGACUUAUGGUGUUUUUUGUUCUGAACUCACUUUUUUUGAGUCACCGACUGAGAGGGAGGUUCCUCAGGAGGAGCGCAGUACGACAACUGGGAUAGUGAAAGUGACGAGAGGGCAAGUGUCCGAGGCUCAGAUCAUUCAGCGUCUCAGGGAGCUGGCACCAGGUGACUUCCAUUGGGAGCUUGUCAGGCUGGAGACCAACACUUUCAGAGUUCAGUUCCCAUCUGUGGAGGAUAUACAGCGGUUGCUGAGUUUUGGGAUGUGUAAGGUCUUGGGUACUGAGGCCAUUCUUGAGUUCCACGAGUGGAAGCUGGUUGAGCCCCAGGGUACACCCCUUAUCCAGGCCUGGUUGCGCUUUUCGGGGGCUCCGUCUGAGUUGCUGCGGGAUGCCACGGUGGUGGCUAGUCUCGGUAUUAUGGUUGGUAAGACCGAGCGAGUUGAUAUGGAUUUCACUAGAGCUCAUGGGAUAGCUCGCCUAUUGGUCAGUAUUCUGGACAUCGACUAUGUACCCGACAUGGUUAAGUGGGCCUUUCGAGGGAAGGUUUACACUCUUGAGAUUCAGUUUGAGGAUGAUAGUCUCUUCGCAGAGGCUCCAGCGGCCACUGGUGAUGACAUGAAUGAAGGUGAUGAUGAUACUGCGGGUAAGGAAAAGAUGGCCGAUGAUUCUGUCAGUGAGGUGGCCAAGAGGCCGGAGCCGACGGGUAGGGCAGCAGGUGGAGGGACGGCGCCUGGAGUAUCUGUGCCGACCACCACUCUGCGUUUUGGUUCCUUUGGUCCAGCUUCCGCUCCUCCGAGACUGUGGAGCGAGCGGGUGGAGUCGGGUGAGGAGAUUGAGUUUUCUUUACCGCCGUUGGAUUUUGCGGGUACGGAGGUGGAGGGUUCCGGUGGGCCCGAGAGCUUGGAUAUUGUCUCGUCUACAUCAGCGUGUGGUGACGUGGCUGUGGUGCAGGCGGGUGGUCUGACCUCAUCUGGGAGUCCGGAUCGGGAUUCUUUGGAGGCCCCCUCUCAUCCUCCGGUUGGGGAGCCUUCUCCUCGCUCGCCUGUGGCUGGGCGAUCACCUCUGGCGGAUGCGCAGGUUCGGCGGGAGGGCGUGGGGCCGGUGGCCUCUACGCCCCCAUCGGCCUCGGUGCCCGAGGGGGGCGCCAUAUUCGAGAUGGCGACGUGCACUCCGGACAGGCGGUCCGGGGUGGAUGGGGGGAGGGGGCAGGUGGCCUUCUCCUCCCCAGUGCUGGACUCGGCGCGCUCACCGCGCUCACCUGGUGGCGACCGGGUGGAUGUUCGGGGAGUGACAGGUGGUCGCUCGCCGGAUAAAUUCUCGCGGGAGGAGGUCAUUAUGUUUGGCGGGAUCCCGGACCAGGCAGCUGAGGGUCGACGUAUGAGUUGUCGGCUUCAGAGCCAUCCGGAGGUGGACGACAUGCAGCAGCGCUGUGCCGCGAGGGCGGCCAAGCUUCGUGACGUCCAAGUCACUACUGGUGUUGUUCCGGGCUACGGCGCUGAUCCGUACUUGGUCCUUACUCACUCCGACGGAGGCCAGGGAGCGUUUGGUUACUGGAUCUGUCCGGUGGGAGACGGUUGCGCGGGAUAUCUUCAACCGGUUUGGAUGGCGAUCAUGUAAUAGGAUAGGCAUCUAGUUUACCUACCUGAUAUUAUGCCAGCCGGUUUGUGGCUUUUCCCGUUUGUGUCUUUUAGUCGUUGCUCUGUGUGAGCUACGUGCUACCUUUUUUCAUUUGUUUGUAAGACUUAUGUUCUGAACCUCUUUAUUUCAUUAAUAAGAGAGGCCGUAUGCAUCGAUCUGAUGCAGAGGCCGGGGUAAACCCCCUUUUCCA